UAAAGGGUUUACUUUACAGUGCACCAGUUAGAACUUAGAAGCCCCAAAACCUUUCGUUCGCUCGCUCAUUCAUUCGUGUUCUCAGUCGAGCUCUUGCUUCGUCACCGGCUCUACCUCUGAAUUCUGUUGCCGAUUGCUUGUUCAGUUAUGGCUGCUUUGAUCUCCAAAAGACUACUACGUUCUUAUGGAUCAUUGCUAGGACGACGCUGCUUUGAUUCACCUAAUGGGGAGAGAGUGGUUUCUGCACAACGUCUCCUGAACGGAUCAAUGAUCCAACGGUUUUCAACUUCUAUUUUAACUCCGGGGUCUGAUGAAGGUGCAUUUCCAUCUGACUUAUUGUCCAAAACACCUCUGGUAACAUCUAAGCGUGAUGCAGGGCUUUGUCAGGAUCUUUUAAUUCCAGUUACCAACUUUCAUAACGAAGACAAGGGCUUUAUGGUUUUAGCUGGAGAUGUUUUUGAUUUGCCUAUUCGGAAAGAUAUAAUUCAUCGUGUUGUUUUGUGGCAGCGUGCAAAACGCCAACAGGGAACUCACUCAACAAAAACUAUCAGCGAAGUCAGUGGGACCGGGCGAAAGCCUUGGAACCAAAAGGGGACUGGUAGAGCAAGGCAUGGGUCACUGCGUGGACCUCAGUUCAGGGGUGGUGAAACGAAGCAUGGUCCUAAGCCCCGAAGUCACGCUAUCAAACUCAAUAAGAAGGUUCGACGACUGGGACUAAAGAUUGCUCUGUCAGCUCGUGCAGCAGAAGGAAAGCUUAUUGUGCUUGAGGAUUUGGAGGUUUCCACACAUAAAACCAAGAACUUUUUGAAUUAUUUCAAACAACUUGAGGACACCAAGAAACUUCUGAUCGUAGAUGAAGGCCCCAUAAAUGAAAAUCUAAAAUUAGCUACACAAAAUCUGCAUUAUGUUAACUUACUUCCAGCCAUUGGAUUAAAUGUCUACAGUAUUUUGUUGCAUGACACUUUGGUGAUGUCCAAGGAAGCAGUGAACAAAAUUGUUGGGCGUAUGCACACUCCAAUCUCCCGUAAUUCCACACCUCAAUAAAUGGUGGUCGAGGCAGUAACUGUUUCUGUACUUCACUUUAUUUGCUCGGAAUUAGGAAUAGUAUCCCGUGUCUCCAUUUCUGUAACACAGCGAUCCAAUGCAAAUAUUUUUUCGUGAGGUUUCUGAUAAAAUUAUACAAGCAAUGCAAGUUGUAAUUUAAAGGUGUUCAAGAUUAGAACGUAGGAAUCGGAUGGUGGAAUUUUAAUAUGCUCAAGUGGUUAAGUUUGUUAUGAUUUUUCCGAUGGUAACUCAUUUUUCAGCAAAUGCAUGGGAUCUGUUUAACUA